AUGCGUCAUGAAGACGAUGAUGAAGAGAAGGAGUUUGACAUCAUGAAUGUCAAAAUAAUCAACGUAACGAUUUCGGACAACUCCAGUGAACUGAUUCGAAAGGAUGCCUAUAUUGGAGGCAAACAAGUCAAAGUGUUGAUCGACAGCGGUGACGACCACAACAUCAUUCGACCGCAUUUGGGCCAGAAACUCUAUCGGAGGAGGACAGUGCGUGCGAUGAGAUUCGAUGGAAGCUCGACCACAAAGAAGAGCACAAAUAUCUUCAAAUACAAGAUCAAGAUGGAAGGACAAGUCUACAAAGACGUGAUAUUGACAGAGUGGGAACUGCUAGAGCAACAAGACAUUAUUCUCGGAAAGCCUUGGCUCGUCCAGUACAAUCCAAGAAUUGAUUGGAGGACUCAUACGAUUGAGUUACCGACUCCCUUAGCUCCUGUCGAGUCAGAAGAGUUUGAAGAACGCGUAAAGCAAGGUAACUAUACCGAAGUCUACUCAACGAGCAUCAAGAAGAACGAGACCGAGCGAGUGCCGACUCCAAUCCACCAAGUGCUGGACGAGUUUCCCCAAGUCAUUCCAGAUCAAUUGCCGGAUGUCUUGCCGCCAGAGCGAGACAUAGAACAUGUGAUCCUGCUAGAGCAGGACGCCAAGCCGUUCACCGGAGCGCCAUUUCGCCUGUCCAAAGGAGCAAGAAGCUCUGGAUAA